AUGUCGACUUUCGAUCCUUUCCACUCACAGCGGCUCGUCUACCGCGCCGUACGCGAAACGGCCGAAGACGAGGCAUUCGUGCACUCGAUCCAACUAGACGUCGAAGCGGAAUCGGGCUCGAACUACCGCCUCCUGAGGCCCGAGAGCUUGAAAGACACUAAGAGCUACAUGAAGUACGUCUCCAACUGUCUUCUCGGCGUCAUCGUCUGUCUUCCACCAGUCUUCGAGGCCGGCGUGGCAGGCGAGCCCGUCGGCAUCGUCUACCUUAAGGCGAACCCGCCGGGCCAGGAGCAUCACAUAUGCAGCGACAUCGGCAUUGAUAUCGCGAGGAGGUAUCGAGGACGCGGCUAUGGCGGUGAGGCUAUCCGGUGGGCUUUGUGGUACGGGUUCCAGAUGGCCGGCUUGCAUCGCGUGCGCAUUGAGGCGUUCUCGUUCAACACUGGCGCCGUGCGGCUGUAUGAGAGGCUGGGCUUCCAGCUGGAGGGCAGACAGCGCGAGAACGUGUGGUUUAAUGGUGGGUGGCAUGAUUGGCUGACGUAUGGCAUGCUGGAGCACGAGUGGCGGGAUAUGCAGAGGAAGGGUGAUACAGAGGUGUGA